AGCAUACAGUGGAAUGAGCAGGCUGAGGUGGGGAGAUGCCUUACGUGGAUCGGCAGAACCGGAUCUGUGGCUUCCUGGACAUUGAGGAGAAUGAGAACAGCGGCAAGUUCCUCCGACGCUACUUCAUCCUGGACACCAGGGAGGGUAGCCUGGUGUGGUACAUGGACAACCCACAGGUAGGGCAGCAGGGGAGUACACACACACACACACACACACACACACACACACACACACAGAAGCUGACAGAAGCACACGCACACAUAUGCAGAACAGACACACGCACGCACACACACACACACAACACACACACACACACACACACACACACACACACUGGGAAGUGUAGUUAUUGACUACAUACAUUUCACAGAGGAGAUCAUGAGUUAAGCUAUGAUGCUCUCACUACCCUCAAGUCAUCAGUCUAUAAUGUCUGUGUGUUUAAUCAACGCAUGCAUUUAGGCUGAUGUCAUUACUUGAAUGGGCAGCAGCUGAAACGGUCCGACGUACUAACUGUAUGCACUGUAGUAGGACAUUAGCGGUAGGAUGGAUUGAAUAGCUGCUUCUGUUUGGACUGACCUAAUCUCAUAAAGUAUUGGACUGGAUUGAUCCGUCUGGUCUGGCCAGACCACUUUGGGCCAUCAAGAGGAAAUGUGUGUGUCGUCGGCUGGGGAGAUGAUGCUACGUCUGGGGAAACCGAGUCAAGUUACACAUCUGCCCAGACGUCCGUCCGUCCGUCUGUCUGUCCCUCCCCCAGAUCUAUACUCUCGUAAUGUGUGACUUGAGCAAAUUAAUCUCUGAACUUCUUCUGGCAUGUUGUUUUACGCUCCUUCUACAUAAAGUAUAGCUGCUUGACAGUAUGUACAGUAUACUAAUAGAGUUGUGCUUUAUAGUAUAAAGUUAAUCUUACUGAUUUGGGCAUUCCUUUCCUUGGCAUGAAAUGACAAGAUAAAGGAAUCAUCUUGUAAACCUGAUGUAGAUGCUAACCAAUCAAUCAAACAUAGGCGUGAACAGAAACAAUCAGACUCAACUCCCCUGCUGCUUUGCAGGCCAUUUAAAUGCAUGUCAUCUUGUUUGGUGGGGAGUGGGAGCUCAGUGAGGAAUACCUGUACAAUUGAUGCUGCCCUACGCUCUGAAUUAUUCAAUUCAAUUCUCCAAGACUUGUAAAAAGUUGCAUUCCUACAUCACUGUUGAAUUAGCUGAUUCUCAGACGCUCUUCAGAGACUGAUUCACUCAAAGUUCUAUUCUCCUCCAAAACUAAAUGUUAUAUUGAAAAAAAAAAAAAAUAAUGUUUUCACGUUUGCAAUCUCACAAUUUCUCUUUCUCUUCUCUCUCUCUCGGUCUCAUGUUUAGAACCUGCCCAAAGGAGCUGAAAAUGUUGGCUCCCUCAAACUCACCUACAUCUCCAAGGUCAGUCAAGUUGUCCAAUAAGGUUGUUGAAUUAUAUCCUGUCUGACAGAGACAGAUAUGGCCAACCACAGUCUUAGGUGUGAACAUCUCUCUCUCCCUCUCCUAGGUGAGUGAUGCCACAAAGCUGCGACCAAAGGCGGAGUUCUGCUUCGGUAAGUCCUACAACCUUUGGAUUUGAUUCAGUGAUUCAAGAACCAAAUGUUAGUGAAACACUGUACAUGACUAUUAGUAUUGUCUCUCUAGCAGUGUGCUGUCUGGGGGGGGCUGAGAAGGAGGAAGCAUUCGGAGGAAAGUGGGGGGGAGGGCACUGGGCAGGGAGGGUGGGGGGGUGGGAGUAGGGGGAGGCUUGUAGCAAAAUACUGCUGAUCUUUAGCUAUUGAACUAGAAUGAGUCUAUUUAGUACACUAAGGUUGAUGAUGUGAGGCCCCUCUGUCAGUAAAUGUUUCACUGUUCACCUGUCCCCUCUUCCCAUAGAUUCCCUUUCCCUCCCCCCUCCCUCCAUCCCUCGCGGGGGUUUGGAUGGGACCAUUUCCUGUAUGACGUGCUGUUGUUCAACAGGCCCUUUGUCCCUCAGCGGCCCCAGUCAGGAGUAUAGCUCCCCCACACUCAAUAGAAGGAAGCAGUAAGAUGACCUGCCAGUGACCGCCAAGUGCUAGCUCGACCCAACCAUGUCGUUCGAUGAGCGGGGGUGUCGGGUUUGGGGCGUGGGGGGUCUCCCGCUUUCCUGCAUGACAGGAUGCUGGCGUCCCAAUCGGAACCCGCCUCUCUAAAACUCGGGGAUAUUUUUAACCUAAGUAUUUGCAUAAUACAGAUCCACUUCUGGAUUCGUCCCCCCAAAGUCACAUCAAUCUAUUCCACUACUGUAGUUUUAGGAUUAGCUACCUGACUGUCCAAGUAUGAGGUCAACCUACCUCAGCCCUGACUGAGUCUAGCAUAUGGCCCUGUGUGUGUGUGUGAGUGUGUGUGCGUGCGUGUGCGCGUGCAUUCGAGUGUGUGGGUUGGAGCGCUCUGGUGAAUCACUGUGAGGAUCACAAAACUGAGACGUUGAAUGGGACGGUGGAAGACAGUCCACUGGUCUUAUGUCUCCGUUAGUGAUGGGAACCAUAAUACUGCCGGACAAAGGUUGUGUCUCCGUUAGUGAUGGGAACCAUAAUACUGCCGGACAAAAGUUGUGUUCCAAAUAGCACCCUAUUCCUGAUAUUAUCACGACUCAGGAUAAGACCCAGAUGCAGACAAGUCGAAACAUGACACAAAGGGCUGUGAGACAUAUGUUUAAUACUAGACACAUGAAAAGUGGGAUGAAUACGGAGGGUACGGGGCAACAGAAGAUGAACAGCAGAGGGGCUAAGAAUCUUGGAGAUGGGGAAAGGGCCAAUAAAACGGGGGAAAAGUUUGCAGGAUUCCACCCGGAGGGGCAUAUCCCAAGUGGAGAGUGUUCCGGGCGUACUCUACCCACACAAGCUGCUGGCUCCAGGUGGUGGGAUUGGCAGAGACAAGGCAGCGAAGAGUCGUCUCCAGGUCCUGAUUCGCUCGUUCCGACUGGCCGUUAGACUGGGGGUGGAACCUGGAGGACAGGCUUGCCUACGACCCAAUGAGCGUGCAGAACGCCUUCCAGAACUGGGACGAGAACUGAGGACCCCGGUCGGAGACCAUGUCCACCGGAAGUCCAUGGAUCCGGAAGACGUGCUGCACCAUGAGUUGGGCCGUCUCCUUGGCUGAGGGUAGCUUGGGGAGAGGAAUCAAAUGGGCGGCUUUGGAAAACCGGUCCAUCACGGUAAGGAUAACCGUGUUGCCAUCAGACGGGGUAAGACCAGUGACGGUCCAGGGAUAUAUGUGACCAGGGACGGUGAGGGACAGGAAGUGGUUGAAGGAGGGCAGCCAAAGCUUGCCGAGGAGUCUUAUUCUGGGCACACACAGUGCAGGCGGCGACAAACGCGGAGACGUCAGGAACCAAGGUGGGCCACCAAAAACCUUGUCGUACAAAGGCCAGGGUCGGAUGGGAGCCAGGAUGGCAGGCCAGUCGAGAGGAAUGAGCCCAUUCCAGAACCGAGGAAAUGGGCAGAGUCCGGGACAAACAUCCGGGACCCCCGGGUGUGUCCGGGACCCCCACGCUGUGCCUCACAGACCCGGUUCUCUAUACCCCAGAUGUGUGCAGUCGCGAGACAAGAGGUAGGGAGGAUGGUCUCGGGGUCCGAUGGUGUAGCAGUGGGGCUAUAUAGGCGUGACAGCGCAUCUGGCUUCACAUUUUUGGACCCCGGGCGGUAGGAGAUAGUGAAGUUGAAUCGGGUGAAUAGCAGGGCCCAUCGAACUUGCCUGGAGUUGAGGCGCUUGGCGGUGCGGAGAUAUUCCAGGUUCUUGUGAUCUGUCCAUACUAGGAAUGCCUCCACUCCUCCAACGCCAUCUUCACCGCAAGUAGUUCCCGGUUACCCACAUCGUAAUCCUUUCCGUGGGGUUGAGACGAUAGGAGAGGAAAGCGCAGGGAUGCAGCUUUUAGUCUUGGGCUGAACGCUGGGACAGGACAGCCCCCACUCCGACGUCUGAAGCGUCGACCUCCACCAUGAACUGCCGGGACGGAUCCGGAUGGAUUAGGAUGGGGGCGGUAUUGAAUUGGUGCUUGACGUCUGGUCUGCAGCUGGAGACCACAUAAACAGGACCUUGGGAGAGGUGAGCGCUGACAGGGGGGAAGCCCUGGUGCUGUAGCCCCGGAUGAACCGGCGGUAGAAAUUGGCGAACCCCAGGAAGUGUUGCAGCUAGACUCUGGAGGUGGGUUGCGGCUAAUCCACCACCGCUCUCACCUUUUCAGGAUCCAUCUGUAUGUUGCCUGCAGCUAUGAUGUAUCCAAGGAAGGAGAUGGUGGAGCGAUGGAAUUAACAUUUUUCCGCUUUGAGGAACAGCUGGUUCUCCAGAGGAUGCUGGAGGACUUGUCUGACAUGGAGGACAUGUUCUUGAGCCGAGUGGAAAAGCACGAGGAUGUCAUCAAGGUAGACGUAUAUGAACCGGUUCAAUAUGUCCCGGAGAACGUUGUUUACCAGGGCCUGAAACACAGCAGGAGCGUUGGUCAGUCGGAACGGCAUCACCAGGUAUUCGUAGUGCCCGCUAGCCGUGUUAAAGGCGGUCUUCCACUCAUCCCCUUCCCGUAUCCAUACCAGAUGGUAGGCGUUCCGGAGGUCCAACUUGGAGAAGAUGGUAGCCCCCUGGAGAGGCUCGAAAGCCGAGGCGAUGAGUGGAAGCGGGUAACAGUUUUUAACCGUGAUGUCAUUCAGGCCCCUGUAGUCGAUACACGGACACAGGAUUUUGUCCUUCUUCUCCACAAAGAAGAACCUGCACCAGCAGGGGAGGCAGAAGGACGGAUACCCCCUGCAGCUAGGGAGUCCUCAAUAUACGUCUCCAUCGCCUUGGUCUCCGGACAUGACAGGGAAUAAAGCUGCCCCCGAGGCAGUGUAGUGCCCGGGAGAAGGUUGAUGGCGCAGUCAUAGGGCCGAUGCGGAGAAAGCGAGGUGGCACAGGCUUUUCCCAAGUCCGUAGGAAGACGUCCCGGGGCAGGCAAUGCCGACUUCAGGCAAUGCACAUGGCAAAAUAGGCUCAGUCGAUCAGAGGAUUGUGCCUCUGGAGCCAGUAAAACCCCAAAACCACGGGUGCAUGAGGGGAUUCAGUGGGCAGGAACUGCAUAGACUCACUGUGAUUACCCGACACGCUCAGGUUAAUGGGAAACGUAGUGUGGGUGACUCUGCCAAUAGGCGUCCAUCCAACACUCUGACGUCCAUGGGAAUGGACGUCAGAGUUCACAGCUCCGAAACCAGGGUAGCGUCCAUAAAUCUCUCGUCGGCCCCAGAGUCAAUGAGCACCCGGAGAGAUUUGGACCGGUCAGCCCUCAACAGGGUAGCUUGGAGAGGGGUAUGAGAAAUGGAAGAUGGGGAAACUCCCCGUACGUCUCACCAGCGUACUAGUACCUACUUGAUGAGCCUGGUUCUUUAAUGGCAGGUAGAUAAAAAAUGUCCCAUAGCGCCACAAUACAGACAGCUCUGGGAGACAAUCUAGCCCUGCCCAGUUGCAUGGGCUCCGGAGGAGAUGACUCGACAGCCCUCAGUGUCCUCCGGGAGAACUCGGGCGACAUCGGAUCCACUCGGAAAUGUGGACUUCGGGGAUUUCUGGGAUUCCUCUGAGGCGAGGUGGAAAUCAAGGAUGAGCGUCGGUGACAGGGAACAGACUCCCUCUCCCUCCUACGUUCCCGUAGCCGCCCAUCGAUCCAGAUGGUCAAGGCUAUGAGGGAGUCGAGGUCCAGGGGCAGCUCUCGGGCUGUGAGCUCGUCUUUAAUCACCUCUGAUAAUCCAUGAAGGAACGUGUCGAACAGGACGUCCGGGUUCCAGGCACUCUCAGCCGCCAACAUGCGAAAAUCCACUGCGUAGUCUGCCACACUACGGGAAUCCUGACAUAGUUGGAGCAGCUUAGGAGCCGCCUCACUCCCGGACAACGGAGAAUCAAACACUUUACGUACAUCCGCCAUGAACUCCUCCAGUCUGAAGCAAACUGUGGAUUGUUGCUCCCACACCGCCGUAGCCCAGGCAAGAGCCCUCCCGGACAUCAGCGUUAUCACGUACGCUAUCCUUGAACGAUCCGAGGGAAAGGAAGAGGGCUGCAGCUCAAAGAUGAGAGAACACUGGGAGAGAAACACCCGGCAGGAUCCGGGAUCUCCAGCGUAGCGCUCCGGAGGAGGUAAGCCGGGUUCUUGGGAAGCCGGGGUAGAUUGGGGAGAAACGCCGCUGGUAGCGGGGUAAUUGACAGUCUGGGGGGUUACUGUAGUGGCGGGCUGCCUCACAGACAAUCCACAGAAUUGCUCCAGCAAUGUGUUGAAGGCACAGUCCUGGCGUUCCGCCAAGGUCUGGAAUCGUUCCAUAAGACCUUGAAGUAACUCCUUGUGUCUUCCAAUGGUGGCUCCCUGGGAGGCGACUGCGUUGCGGAGCUGGUCUGAGUCUGCUGGGUCAGUCAUGGCCAGUUCGUACUAUCACGACUCAGGAUAAGACCCAGAUGCAGACAGUUCGAAAUAGCAAAAGUUUAUUUACAAAAACAUGGGGCAGGAAAACGACAGGUCAAGGGCAGGCAGAGGUCAGUAAUCCACAACAGAGUCCGAAAGGUACAGAAACGGCAGGCAGGCUCAGGAUCGGGGCAGGCAGAAUGGUCAAAACCGGGAAAAAAAUGGAAAACAGGAGUACGGGAAAAAUGCUGGUAGGCUUGACGAGACAACAGAGAACACAGGUAUAAAUACACAGGGGAUAAUGGGGAAGAUGGUCGACACCUGGAGGGGGGUGGAGACCAGCACAAAGACAGGUGAAACAGAUCAGGGUGUGACAGAUAUAGGGAAAAGGGUGGUAUUUGGGACGCAUGGAAAUUUCUCUCUCUGGAUUCUGAACAUAGGACUCAGCCAAGCACUCUAAACAGCAUGUGUCAGACUACUUAGCAGAAAUAUGUUACAGAAAUACAGAGAUGCAUAAUUCAACUCUGCUAAUGGACCUAACUGACAGAACUGCUGCUGCGCUUAAAGGCGCUGCAUGGUCAAUCCGACAUCUGCAUUGGCCGUGCAGCAUUUACGGUGAUACAGCCUCUGCAGAAGGCAGGGCAUUCAUUGCUCUUCGCGGAGCAGCACAGAGCUGUUGUGAAGGAAGUUGUCAAGGAAGUGAGUUUGUGUUUAUACAGGACCUCCCGCCCCACCCACCGUCAACCAAUCAUGUCAAUGCGGAGCUAUACGGAACCAUUGUUACAAAAUUUGGGCGGCGCACGCCGAUGCGGUACGGAGCUUAAUUUGGCAUCUGCGUGCCUCUGGAGGCUCCGCAAUUGCGUCACACCCUCCAUACGGAGCACAUUUCCUCGGAUUGAGCAUAAAUUGGCUUUUAUUGAAAACUGACUGCAAAUCUCUCUCUCCCUCUCUGUCUCUCUCGCUCGCACUCUGUCAUCCUCUCUCUAUCUCUCUCGCUCCCUCUCUCUAUCACCCUCUAUUUCUCUCUCACUCCCGCCCCUCUCUCUCUCCUUCUCUCUCUCUCCCCAGUCAUCAAUGCUGGUAUGAGGAAGUUCUACCUCCAGGCCAAUGAUCAGCAGGAUCUGGUAGAGUGGGUCAACGUGCUCAACAACGCCACCAAGAUCACAGUGAGUCCCCUGCCCUGUCACAUCCUCCCACAUUGCUACCUCCUGUAGUACAAGACUACUGCCAUCUCAACCCCCGUUAGAAAAAUUAUCUGUGAUUCAGAAUUAGGAUAUGGUAUCCCAGUUCAGCUAGUGUGAGUGAGUGGGAUGGAGGAGGAUGACAAGACCAGCAUACCUCACGUGUGUCUACUGUCAAGUCAACAGUGGAGAGAGAGAAAGACAUUAUGAAGCACUCAUCUGCUGGGUCCAGGAGCCCCUGUCUGUUUCCUACAAGGCAUCCAAACCCCUCUGGACGGGGGAUCAUUUCCCUUACUGUGUCACUGAGGGCUACAGCAGCAACCGUGGCUUUCUCUGCUCCACUCCCUCCCCCCUGACUAGCCCUCACAUACACACAGGCCCGCACACACACACAGCAGAGCAGGCAGGACAAAGGGGAAGGCGAGUGCUCUGAGUCACGGACUGUCUCUAAGGAAAAGGCAGUGCCGGGAUCGAACAGGACAGGACAGGACAGAACAGUGUGCCUAUGGAUCAGCUUUCACUGGGAUUCACUGGAGAGGAUGUUCCACUCUAAUUCCUCUUAAACCACAUUCAUGUACGGGGAAUGGACUGGGAAUGGACUGGGAAUGGACUGGGCGUUGAGUAUAAAGUAACAUAAUAAUAAGUUAUGUAAUAACUUCGCACUGUAUUGAAGUCUCAUCAAACUCUGUUGACUCUCAUGUUCUCUUUAUUGGGUUUAGUCCUGCUGCUGACACUGCAACACAGUCUCACAGUCCACUCAACAAGGUCACACACAAACACACACACACUCACACACACACACACUCACACACACAAACACACACACACACACACACUCACACACACACUCACACACACACUCUCUCACACACACUCACACACACACUCACACACACACACUCUCUCACACACACACACACACACACACACUCUCUCUCACACACACACACACACACACACACACACACACACACACACACACACACUCCAUAUAUUGUACCACACACUUCUAUUAAUACAGACGGCUGUCAAUGUUUGACUGUGUGUGUGUGUGUGCACUGGAGUGUGAUACCUGACCUGAGCAUACACACACACACACACACACACAACACACACACACACUAAUCGAUUACCCCAGUCACCACUCAGUGUAGCAGUGGCUCUCUGAAGCCCCCAGGCUAGAGUUGAUGGAAAAUAGACUAACGAGCAGGCAGAGUACAUCAUCGUGUCACUACAGAGACUGCAGAGGGACACAUCUAACAAGGGUUUGGAGCAUGUUGGCCCCUGAUGCACUCUGGGAGUUUAUGUUUAUUUGACAUGUUCCAGGUGCCAAAGUCGGGGGAUGGCCAGCCCAGUGCAGAGAUGCCCCAGGAGGGGCUGGGUGCCAUGAAGCAGAUCUCCUAUAAGACAGAGAUCAUAGGUGGAGUACCCAUCAUCACUGCCACACAGGUAAGGAAGAUGCAGCAGUCUGGCCCAGCACUAACCAGGCCCUAACCAAACAUGAGUAAGGUUGCAAAAAUUCAGGAAACUUUACCAACAUUCUCAGGUUUUCCAGAAGUCCCGGUUGGGAUAUUCCUGGAAUCAAGAAGGAAUAAGCAGGAUAUCCAGGAUUCCUUCACCUGGGAUUUCUGGAAAACCUGGGGAGUUUCUGGAAUUUUGGGAGAGUUACUGAAAAUGUGCAAUCCUAAACACGAGUAAAUGGACAUAUCUGACAUAUGUUUGAAGGCCAUCUGCUCUACUGUGGCUUGGAACAGUUUAGUCAAAUCUGUCAAAUGGGGUUUGGGACAGUAACAAGCGACAUUCCAUAACUGAGUUUUUGUUCCCUUACUAACUUGAUUUCAGCCAUAUUAUUCAGCUAUAUAAAUAGAUGGUCUGUCUGAAUAGAAAUGUCCAUGGAUCAGGCCAUCUUUUAGAUAGUGACAGACAUUGAACUUAAUGUUCCUCUGAGGAGGAGCUCACUCUGUGCUGUGUUUUCUGGUACGUAUGAGCAGUACAAGUCAUAUCCUGUCUUGUGCUGGUAUCUGGUAUGUAGCCUGGCAUCUUAAGAAAUAGUGGCUGAAAGUGGCAUCCAGAUGCACAAGCUAUGGUCUAUGAUGUCACUUCCUGUGUGGGUGGUGGCGGUGCAGUGGGCCGGCCUCAACUUCAGCUUGACGGUUACGGAACAGGCGGUGAAUUCUCUAUCAUUAUUGGUUGCUGUUAACACACAUUUCUAGCCACUGGAGAUGAUGAUAUGGUGGGGGCUUGGCACACACACUAUCUGAUUGUGUCUGUCAGUCUGUCUGUGUGUGUGUCUGUAUGUGUGUCUGUCAGUGUGUCUUUCUGUGUGUCUGUCAGUGUCUGUCUGUGUGUCUGUCAGUGUCUGUCUGUCUGUGUGUCUGUCUGUGUUUGUGUGUGUGUGUGGUGCGUUGAUUGCUUGUGCGUGUGCAUAUACUCCCAUGCGUGUGUGUUUGUACACUUCUAUGUGUGUGUCCUGUGGUGCAGGAGCAGGGUGACGGGGGGCAGAACGGAGCAGAGCGGGGGGGCCAGCGGAAGGCCCACAGCCAGCUGCCCUACUUCCUGGGGCGAGGGGCACAGGACCAGGCGCUCAUCAAGGCUGGAUACUGUGUCAAGCAGGGAGCCGUGGUGAGUAGACAGUGGGAUAACUCUUUCUGGUGCUGUAGCAGCAGCCUACACUCAGACUAGGGUCGCAUUCAUACGGGAAUGCAAUGGAAAAUGUUUCGGUCCGUUUUCUUCCUUGUGGUGGCUAGUGAGUACACCACAAGCUCAGAGAGAUUCUCCCUCAGCUACAAGCUUUUUAUACUAGCAGUAUUCCUGGUUGUGUGUGGUUGUCGUCCUAUAGGACUAUGAUGUGUUGGAGUUGGAUAGCCGCAGGCUUCUGACCAGAUGUUUCAGAGGGUGAAUUGUAUCACUCAUUGUUGUCCUGCCUUUGACCUAACUUCUCUUAGCGCUCUGUUAAUGGAAUGUAUUAACCACAGUAAGCCAGCCAUUCUAAAGCAAACAGUGGUCCUAUACAAUGUCGGAAUAGCUAUCAAUUAGCAGCAUUCUUAGCAAGUCAAAAGGAUUUGGAGGGCUGGAAAUGUUGACCGCCAUCUGUAAUGUUUUCCUUUCCCUUCUGCAGAUGAAGAACUGGAAGAGGAGAUACUUCUUACUGGAGGAGAACGCGGUCAGCUACUUUAAGUCAGACCUGGUUAGUGAGAACAUCUCUCUCCUCUCCCCCUUCUGCGGGUGGCUGUGAGCAAGGUGACACACACAAUUCAAAGGAGCUGCGUGACCCCGUUGGCUAGCAGUUUGUCUUUGUUUUGCACCUGUGUUUCACAGAACCCCUAGAGCCCCGGACAGACACACUAAGAUCAGAUAAGAGCUGACUCCAGGCCAGUGCAUUGUUCCAGGCUCCCAAAGCUCUUGGCACAGCUACUAAUAAAAUGGACAAGCCUGGUUUUGAUUCAUCAUCCAUGCUUGCCAGAUUCUCAGCAUUUAUAUUCUGUACUGUAGCUAGAUGAAUGCUAGAUUGUUGAUAGAUCUGUUUGACCCUCACACAUUCUGCACCUCCUCUCUCAUGAUCUGAGAGGUAGAGAACAGGUUCAGACAAGAGGGACAAGCUGUCUCCCUCCGUUACUCCCUUAGUUUGUUGGAUAAGGAGUGGCUGGUGUAGUGAAUGAGCUUGUCUCCCAUUGGCCCUAACACAUUUUUGGAUUUUCUGACAACUAUACGUGGUGUGCAACAUCCUAAGUUGUCCGAAAUCCGAAAAUGGUGGUGGAAAAUUGUGUUUUAUUAAGACACAGUGGUGGGAAAAGUAUCCAGUUGUCAUACUUGAGUAAAAGUAAAGAUACCUUCAUAGAAAAUGACUCAAUUAAAAGUGAAAGUCAUCCAGUAAAAUACUACUUCAGUAAAGUAUUUGGUAAUAAAUAUACUUAAGUAUCAAAAGUAAAUGUAAUUGUUAAAAUAUACUGAAGUAUUAAAAGUAAAAGUAUAAAUCAUUUCAAAUUCCUUAUAUUAAGCAAACCAGACGGCACCAAUAUAUAUAUAUAUAUAUUUUUUGGGGGGGAUAACCAGGGGUACACUCCAACACUCAGACAUCAUUUACAAACGAAGCAUUUGUGUUUAGUGAGUCCGCCAGAUCAGAGGCAGUAGAGAUAACCAGGGAUGUUCUCUUAAUAAGUGCGUGAAUUGGACCAUUUUCCUAUCCUGCCAAGCAUUCAAAAUGUAACAAAUACUUUUGGGUGUCAGGGAAAGUGUAUGGAGUAAAAAGUACAUUAUUUUCUUUAGGAAUGUAGUGCUGUAAAAGUAAAAGUUGUCAAAAAUAUAAAUAGUAAAGUAAAGUACAGAUCUACUUAAGUAGUACUUUACUUUACACCACUGUUAAGACAGUACACAUAUUUGUUAUUUAUUUUUCUUGCCUUCUUGCCAUUAAAGCUAGUUAAGGAGGAAAAUUAUGCCUUUGCAGCCUGAAUGGAGGAUGCUUUAUGUACGAGACGGUCCACAGGGGACACAAUUGUAUUACCGGGAAUGCACAUUAAUCCUAGACGAUAGUGCAGCUCUAGCGAGCACUAUUGGCUGUCUAGGCAAGGCCUGAGUGUGUAUUCUCUCUCCAGACCACUUCAUCUCUCCGUCCUCUCCUACUAAAGUGCCAUUAGGGCCUGUAUCCCAGGGCCAAAGACACGUGUGUGUGUGGUGUGUGUGUGUGUGUGUGUGUGUGUGUGUGUGUGUGUGUGUGUGUGUGUGUGUGUGUGUGUGUGUGUGUGUGUGUGUGUGUGUGUGUGUGUGUGUGUGUGUGUGUGUGUGUGUGUGUGUGUGUGUGUGUGUGUGUGUGUGUGUGUGUGUGUGUGUGUUUGCUGCCGUGGCGCCAGAGCCUCUGGAGGCUUGCCCUGUGUAACACUACCCUGCUUUGUGGUUUAGCAGGAUGAGAAAAAUAAUUGCAUACAAUUAAAGACUCGCCCUUUGUCUGCGUCACAAGGCAAUUAUCUGCUAUGAACACUGGUUAUAGUAUAGAUAUAUAUAUAUGAUAUAAAUACCCCAGGAUCAGACCCAGGCCCCCUCUCUGCAGCCCCUCUUCUCUUGAGCAGGCUUCAAUCAGCAGCUGAGCAGUGUGCGAGUGUGUCAAAUCAAAUCAAAUGGUAUUUGUCACAUACACGUGUUUAGCAGAUGUUAUUGCGGGUGUAGCGAAAGGCUUGUGCUUCUAGAUCCGACAGUGCAGUAAUAUCUAACAAGUAAUAUCUAACAAUUUCACAACAUAUACCCAAUACACACAAAUCUAAUAAGGAAUGAAUUAAGAAUAUAUACAUAUAUGGACGAGCGAUCUCAGAGCAUCAUGGACUAAGAUACAGUAGAAUAGUAUAGAUACAGUAGAAUAGUAUAGAAACAGUAGAAUAGUAUAGAAACAGUAGAACAGUAUAGAAACAGUAGAAUAGUAUAGAUACAGUAGAAUAGUAUAGAUACAGUAGAAUAGUAUAGAAACAGUAGAAUAGUAUAGAAACAGUAGAACAGUAUAGAAACAGUAGAACAGUAUAGAAACAGUAGAAUAGUAUAGAAACGAGAAUAGUAUAGAAACAGUAGAAUAGUAUAGAAACAGUAGAACAGUAUAGAAACUGUAGAAUAGUAUAGAAACAGCAGAAUAGUAUAGAUACAGUAGAAUAGUAUAGAAACAGUAGAAUAGUAUAGAAACAGUAGAAUAGUAUAGAAACAGUAGAAUAGUAUAGAAACAGUAGAAUAGUAUAGAAACAGUAGAAUAGUAUAGAAACAGUAGAAUAGUAUAGAAACAGUAGAAUAGUAUAGAAACAGUAGAACAGUAUAUACAAAAGAGAAACUAGUAGAAUAGUAUAAAGAAAGUAUAACAGUAGAAUAGUAUAGAUACAGUAGAAUAGUAUAGAAACAGUAGAAUAGUAUAGAAACGUAGAAUAGUAUAGAACAGUAGAAUAGUAUAGAACAGUAGAAGUAUGUAAUAGAACAGUAGAAGUAAUACAGUAGAAAAACAGUAGAAUAGUAUAGAUACAGUAGAAUAGUAUAGAUACAGUAGAAUAGUAUAGAAACAGUAGAAUAGUAUAGUGCGAGUGUGUGUGCGUGUGUGGCAGAGGGUGGACAGGGAUCCUAUUAUGUUCCUAAUAGUAUAGCAUAAUGUCAAGGAUCAUGAAUACUCCCCUUCCUCCCUUCUCUGUCCUCUCUAUUCAAGUAUAUCAGGAAGUAGCUCUUGGGGUAUCAUGCUACAUUAGCUUUUAAUUUUAGUUGCCAUGUUGUCAUGUGUUGUCAGGUGAAUUAUGUUUUGAAUAAAUGUUCUGUCUAUCUCCUCUUUCUUCCUCUCUGUCUGUCUGUCUGUCUGUCUGUCUGUCUGUCUCUCUCUCUCUCUCUCUCUCUCUCUCUCUCUCUCUCUCUCUCUCUCUCUCUCUCUCUCUCUCUCUCUCUCUCUCUCUCUCUCUCUCUCUCUCUCUCUGUCUCUCUCUCUCUCUCUCAGGAGAGGGAGCCUCUGCGUGUGAUCCCGCUGAAAGAGGUUCACAAAGUUCAAGAGUGCAAACAGAGGUCAGUGUCUUUUACACUUUAGUCACUGAGCUGGAAAGGUUGGCUAUUGACGCUGACAGGCCUAGUGCCAAAGUGAACGGGCUGGGAAGGAGACAUGGCAUGUCUCCCAAAUGGCACCCUAUUCCCUAUUUAGUGCACUGCUUUUGACCAGGGCCAAUUGGGCGCUGGUCUUAAGCAGUGCACUGUAUAGGGAAUAGCAUGCCAUUUGGGAUACAAACAUGGAUGCCAACUGUAACGUGCUCACAGAUUAGAAUAAUAAAUGUUGGACAUGGACAAACAGAGUGAGUUUACCGUCGCCCUUCGACGGCGAUGCACUCUCUUACAUUCACACCCAGUGGUUUCCAUCACUGGGAUGUUUGAAUAUUAUUGAAAGUGGUGUCAUCUCUUUCCAUCCAGUGACUUAAUGCAGAGGGACAAUCUAUUUGAAGUCGUCACUAGCUCAAGGACCUUCUACAUGCAGGUGAGACAUUUUCUUUCUCCGGAUAAUGUCUGAAUAUAUUGAUUUCAUUCCAGUCCAACUGACGAAGAGAGACAGUUAGUGUUCCUUGCCGUUGUCACACAGUGACCUCUUCCUUCUCUCUCUCUGUUUCCUACGUGUCCCCUCUUCGUCCCCCCCCCCCCCCCCUUUCUAGUCGGACAGUCCAGAAGAGAUGCACAGCUGGAUCAAGGCCAUCUCAGGAGCCAUUGUGGCCCAGCGGGGGCCUGGACGCUCAGCUGCCUCUGUACGUAUUCAGUUUGGGGCUGGGCCUGAGCCACUGGUCCUGCAUCAACACUUUCAACACUUUAGUUCUAGCCAAGAAUUACAGAACACAACUGGUUCCCCUAACCAAGGGCUUGAUCAGGUGUGUCUGUGCUGGGCUAGAAUAAAACCUGCAUGUCCUGUGGACCAGUAUUGGAGACCUCUGCUCGGAGGGGAGAUACUUUACUGUCUCUGGAGGAAAUCCAUGUUUACAUCCGCUGUUACGGUUUGGCUAGUGUCUCUAGUUUCUAGACGUUUCUGUCUGUUGAAGAGUAAACAUUAAGAUCCAGUUUGGAUGUAACCCAUUCACCCACCCUCCACCCCAGCUUAAAAAUUGGACAUCACAGUUAGAUUUCUGUACCUGUGUGCCACCUUGAUUUUCCUAAUUGUUUUGUUGGUUUCCAUGUCCUAUUUUUGCAUUGACAUAAGUGUACACUAAUUAUAGUACACAAGGCAGUAUUCGAUCUCUACUCACAACCAGGUGAUGCAGCUAGAUCCACACUUCAAACCCCAACCAACGGCUACCCUAACACACACACACACACACACACACACACACACACACACACACACCUCCAGACCCUCUCCUGUUCUCUCUCCUCCCUUCCUCUCUCCCCCUCUUGGCCGGAGCGUCCUCCCCUCCCCCUCCCCCCCACGUUCUCUCUCUUCUAACAAAGAUGUGCACUGCUGUGUUCUUGCAGAUGCGUCAGGCCCGUCGGCUGUCGAACCCUUGUAUACAGAGGUAUACAUUCCGCAAUGGUGAAUGCAGCACGUAUGUGAGCCCCCGUGUCAGUCAAGCAGCUUCCUCUGUUUGUUUUGCAGACGUAGUCCUAGAUUGCAUCUGAAAUGGCACCCUAUUCCUUACAUAGUGCACUACUUUUGACUAGGGCUCAUGGGGGGGGCUCUGGUCAAAACCCCUUUUCCCUAUUUAGUGUACUGCUUUCGACCAGGACACAUAGAGAGGGCUCUGGUCAAAUGAAGUGCACUAUAUAUGGAAUAGGGUGACAUUUUGGACGCAGCCCUAGUCUAAUGUAGUGGAAUGGAGCUUUGAUUUACGGCUUAAUCCCCUCUGAAACACCCAAGCAAGCCCAGUUAAUAGAUAACAGAUAUACCUCCAUCUCAUGCUUGAGGGCUGAUCAUUAGCCCCUCCCCCUUCUCCAUCCUAACUGGUCUGGACAGACAUAAUCUAAUCUGCCAUUGAUUGGUCAGACUAACUCGCCUGGUUCACAUGACUUCACUCCUCCUCCUUCCAGAGCUCAGUAUCGACUGGUCUGGUCCUUACCAGGCUUCUUUGAAAAACCCCUCUGUGUCAUCAUUGGUUUUCAGUUCCUUCUACCUCCUCUUCCUCCAUCCUCAUCCCACUUUAAUGCAUUACAACAUAUUUUGUGUCCGUUCCUUUACACAGACAAUGAAAAAAUAAAAAACGGACAUCUGGCCUCCAUGUGCAAGCAAUUAUUCCAUAUAGAUUGGUCUUGCGUCACUGGGUUCCAAUGUAGCUUGGGAAACUGUAGUGCAGUAGUCUGUAGUGCAGUUACCGCUAGCUGCUAGCUAGGUCUGGUGAUGCAUGUUCCCCCACCUCUUCUAGAAACACACACACACACACCGCAAUCCUCAAGGUUGACCGUUAUAUCUUCAUUCAUUCAUUCAUUGGCUUCAACAUCUUCCACUUGCCAACUUUUAGACUUUUUAACAUUGCCGCAUUGCUUUUAGAGUCUCUGGUUACUAGCACCGGCUGCUGAGGGGAGGACGGCUCAUAAUAUUGGCUGAAGUGAAUGGAAUAGCAUCAAACACAUGGAAACCACAUGGAGCCAUUACUAUGAGCCCGUCCUCCCCAUUUAUGGUGCCACCAACCUCCUGUGAUGUCUAGUAGUUUGAAGCCUUUCAUGUUCUCUAAUGACCUAGUAAUACUGUGAUUUCAUGUCAACAUGUCCUCAUGCACCCCACCCCUUCAACACACACUUACGUUCUCUGAGCUCUACCAUCUACCCAUCUACCCAUCAUCCCUCUGUCCAUUCUUCCUGGAUUCUCGCGCUGUGUGUCACUUUUUCCCAUCUAUCACUUCCUCGUGAUCUAAUAUUUUCACACCCUUGCUAAAACGAGAUACGCCUAAACAGUGUUUUCGCUCGCUGUAACUGGUCAUCUUUUCGCUAACUUUUGGGCGUCUGUUUUCAUUGUUGUCUUUUCUCCCUGUCGUGUUUUUCAGAGAGUAAAAUGUGACAGUGAGAUUCUAACAUUCCCCAAGUGAGCUCUACUGUACCACCACUGGCUACUGUACCGUCCCUUCCACUGGCUACUGUACCAUCCCUUCCACUGGCUACUGUACCAUCCCUUCCACUGGCUACUGUACCAUACAUUCCACUGCUACUGUACCAUCCCUUCCACUGCUGCUGCUGCCAUUCUGCUUCCUCUUCCUCCAACUACAUCUGCUGCCUUUGUUUCACUCCUGCUUCCUCUACUAUAACCCUUUGCACCAGCACCACUAUAGAUACUGCUACUACUACUACUGCUACUGCUACUACUGCUGCUGCCCUGCCACCCUGUGCCACUGCCCCCUCUACAGCACUGUGACUGACUCCCUGCGUUUUGCGCUUCUGAAUCUGAAUGACUUUGUCCGUUCCCUCCACCCCUCCCUCCCUCCCCUACACUAUGCAGGAGCACAGCGACCACUCCACCACCAGCACCCCUUCCACCUUCUACUGCAGCAGCAACCACGGGGGACCCCCCGCCCCUCGCUCGCCCGUCCAGGCAGAGCCACCCUACCCCCAGCCCCAGGGGGGCCCGGGCCCUUACCUGGGACAGCCAGGACUUCAUGGGCCUGCUGCCCUGGCGAGGCCACCCGGGGGCACCACCACCACCCCGCUCCCGUCUCUCCCUCCAGGAGACCCCCCGCCUGUCCAAGUGAGCGCCUCGUCCCUGUACCACAUCAACGCUGACCGGGAGGACCUGUCACCAUGGAAACGGCGCAGCGAAGUAGAGGGCGACCAACUUGAAAUCUCCACCCUCAGCUUCGAUGGACUCAGACCUGCAUGUCAGCCAGGUGUGAGCCUCUAGUCUAACCUCUGACCCCUAACCCCUGCCUCACAGGACACCGCAACCUCUCACCCUUAACCCCACUCCCCCAUUCCCUCCACCACCUGUCCUUCACUCCCCAUGCACAGUACAUGCUCAUUGGAGGUGGAUGCAGGUGUAUUCACACUGACACAAAGGGGACUGGACAGUUAUCACCAACGACAAGCGGAAAGCCAAUCAAACGUGACCAAAAUGGAGCUGAACCAAUCAGAGCUGACCCGGCCCUCAGGAAGACAGGAAGUGGUCCCUGGUUGUGAUCGGUGAUCGUCUACUCUACCCCUGUAUCCAGAGCCUCUUAACACAGCCAAUGGCGUGAUGUGUCAGGGCAAGGAGACCUCGUCAGAUGUUCGGUUUUAUUUCAGUCUCUUUUGUUGUUGAUAUUUCUGUUGGGUGUUGCUCAUUCUAUCUUGGUGUUGGUAUUGUGUGGUAUGAUUCAUUAACAUCAUCCCCUGUCCAUUGGCUAAAGAGGUUACUGAAUUGGCUUACUCUGCUGAGAAACUCACUGCUCACGUUUCUCCACCUUGUCCUCCUUCUCCCGGACAUCACAUGAUUUACUGUUAUCAGUGUUGUUGGGACUAAUUUAAAGAGGAGCUAGGUGUUAUUUGUAUUGAUAGUUAUGUAAAUGAAGAAGGUGUAACUGUUGACAGUGAGACAACCCCACUCAUACACACAAUGGUUUAGAUUUGUAUGUACUUUUAAGAUGUUAAAUAUAUUUGCUUUUAAGCUGACCAUUUAGUUUCUAUCCAAAGCAUGCCGUUGUGGAAGCACCUAAUGAAAUAUGAAACCAAAUCUUUAAAAUAACCAGAUGAAAUUCCCUGCACCAUUCUUACUUUCAGUUGUGUUUUGGAGUGAGUGGGUCUCGUGUAUAUUUCUGUUUUUAGUUAUCCUUUAGAAAUGCUUUGGGUCCUUAUGUUCAUAUGAAAGUUACACUUGUUGUGUUCGUUCAGACUCUCUCUUUCUCUCUCUCGAUCAGUCACACGCACACUGUCACACCUCUGUGUUUUGCCAAAUUAUGUCCUGCACUGUAAUGGUAUGUGCCUGCCAACGUUAGCAUGCAUUUGUAUAGAGACAGAUAUGCACAGUACAGUACAAUACAUCUAUAGGCCUAUGGGUAGGGCCUUUCAACUGGCACUUUGUGGACUCUGUGGGCAGAUAGUCUGGUAGCUUGACCUGUUUUAUGGGUGUUCCUUUAAAGUCCACUUCUCUUUUCUACUGUAUGAGUACUGUACUACCUUUCUCAAUGCUGUGACUGUUUGUCUGUCUGUGGGGGAGAUGUACUGUGCCUGCGUUGCCAAUAUGGCAAGGAGGGUUUGACCUUUGACCUCAGCUGUGUACUCUUCCUGUAACCUGUUUUUACUGUGUUGCACAACUCUUAUUGUAAUAGCUGCUGAAGUGCCUGCGUUCUUUCUAUAGAGGAAAAAAAACAAGAAGCUAUUUUGACCCUUUUAAUUGUGUACCUGAUGUUCUGAAAUCGUGUGCAUUAUUUAUUAAGUGGAGUUUGAAAAUAAAUCAAUGGAUUCAA